AUGAAAUCAAUUACGAUUACUCGAAAAGAACCUGAAUCAAAACAAACAUUCAGGAUUGCACCUGACGCUACUUCUGCUGUAAUCGAAAAGGAGUUGGGAUCCUUUUUUCGUGUCUCAAAUUUCCAUCUAAUGGAUACGGAGUCAAAUGAUGUAAUUUUUAAGACAUACGGUAGUUUUUGUGACGGAAAAUCUUAUGAAAUCUGCCUUAAUGUUAGUCACACUAAUUCGACGCUUGCGAAGCUUGUCGAAAGGGGAAGCGAAAAUGCGAACGAAAUGCAAAUGAUAAAUGUACACGUUGCAUAA